UCAUCUCUAUCUCAUUUGCAACAGACGAGGGUUGACUGCAUCAAAGGAUAUCACUGUUGUUUAUUUUUCUUCUGGUGAAAUCAACGGAUCAGGUGACACCAUGAGCAAAGUCCAGGGCGGGAUGAAAUGCGUGAAAUAUCUGCUAUUUGUAUUCAAUUUCAUCUUCUGGUUGUCAGGCCUCCUGGUUUUGGCAGUGGGUCUAUGGCUCAGGUUUGACCCGGGGACUGUGGACCUGCUCACUGGAGAUGGCGCCCCAGACACCUUCUUUAUAGCGGUGUACAUUCUUCUGGGGGCUGGAGGUCUCAUGAUGGUGGUUGGAUUCUUUGGAUGUUUUGGAGCUGUAAGGGAGUCGCAGUGUCUUCUAGCUUCAUUUUUUGCAUGCCUUCUGAUCAUCUUUGGAGCCGAGAUUGCAGCGGGUGUGUUUGGUUUUAUCAACAAAGAACAGAUUGUUGAGGAAGUUCAGAAGUUUUACAGCAGUUCUAUCACCGACAACACCAAUGGGAAUGGCACUGUAAUAGCAAAUAUUUAUCACAAAACACUGGACUGCUGUGGAGGCUCUACACCUGAUCCAUCUCUGUGUCCUGAAGAGGCAGACAAAAAGGAUUGUCUAACUGCAAUUACAGACUUCUUCAAUUCAAAGCUGCAUAUUAUUGGCUACAUUGGAAUUGGUAUAGCUGGCGUGAUGAUUAUUGGUAUGAUCUUCAGUAUGGUUCUCUGUUGUGCCAUAAGGAACAGCAGGGAGGUCAUAUAGGAGUCAUGGCCCCCACUAGGCCCUUUAAUUUGAAAUGGCUGCAAAAGUUUGAAUUACAUUUGACUGAUAGAUAUAAAGUACAUUUUGGACCAAAUAGGAAGCAAUACACUGGACACCAGCACAAAACUAGGAUACAACCAUAAUUCUUUUACACAAAUCUUUUUUUUUCUUUUUUACAUAAAAGUUAGUAUCCUUCUGACACAUUCCUGAGUGUUCAGCAUCUUUCUGUCAAACUGCAGUGCCUCUCAACAGCUACACAACACUACACACAAACGAAGCCUUUUUUGAACAAGACGAAUGUUGAAACUUGUAAAUAUAAACUGUUAUAUAAAAUGUGUUACAUGCUCAUACUUGCUACUUCAAAGCAAAAUGACAUAGGCCUUUUGUUAAUUAAACCACAUAAAUGUGCUUAGUGUAAUGUUUUGAGGACUAGCCUCCCUUUGCAGAACAAACUGUGCCUGUUAAUCCACAAAGAUAUGCCUCCAGCUACUGCACUUUUAUCCUUUCCAUGUGAUUGUAUACGUGCUUGUUUGUCACCACUUACAUAUUUACUGACGCACAAUGAGGCAGUGUAGACUUAAUUUUCACACCCAGAUAGUAGGGAGGGCGGGGUCUUAUGAUAAACUGUCAAUUUGUAAAUCCUCCAGGUAAUUUUUAAGUUAUGAGCUCAUGGGAGCAUGAUGUGUUCUGUACUGUGACACUUACUCACUGUUUGAAUCUCUGUGGUGUACAUAUUAUUGUUGGAGUGAUACAUUUUGUCUAGUAUAACAUGGUUUGAACACAUUUUAACUCCAAUUAAAGUAUGGUGCUUUAA